AACGCUUUUGCUUCAGAAUCUUUAGUAUAGCCCGCGGCCUGAGCUCUUUCUUCCGAUUACACUGCUCGUCUGUGAUAUUGGACUAUUGCAACGCUUGUAAUGCCAAACCCUCCUCUCCCCAUCGAACUUCUUGAACGACUCCUCGACCAUUAUGGCGAUAUGAUUAUGUACAACCACAAUCCGACACUAUCAGACGGUCGACAUCAGUACUACAGAAUACUGAGAAGUUGUGCCCUUACCUGUAAGGCACUACUUCCUAGAAGUCGAUAUAACCUAUAUCGCUCGGUGAUCUUGGGUGAUAAACACGAACACUUCAUCGAAAUUCUGAAGGGAAGUCCUCACCUCGCUCAUUACAUUCGUGCACUGCACGUGGUUGGCUCUAGGAUCUGCAACCCUCCUUCAGUAUUUGUUUGUCUCGUGGGAAGGUUACCUCACAUCCGCGCCUUAGGGAUAGUGGUUGCCCAGGAUCUCUUCCUUCACAAACGCUUCCACAUGGCGCUUUCUUCCUUCUCAACGAUCACGAUGUUGACACUUUGCGUACAAAUUGGGGUUCCGGAGAUUCAUAGGCUCCUGUAUACACUGCCCAAUGUCCGAUAUCUGGAGCUCGUCAUUGCACCCCUAGAGCCAGAAGACAGCACUGCAUACCAUAAGAUGCGCUAUGCACCCCGCUGUCGUUUGACCUCAAACUUUGUGGAGCGGCAUCUUGGAUGGCUCCGCCUGUACCAUUCCUUCUUGCGAACUCCAGAGCUGUUCUCGAGCCUGAAGAGACUUUACAUCGAGAUCGUAAGUUGGGAAGGUGAAACCAAGAGAAAUGCAGAGGUGUCUUCGCUGCUCCUAUCCACUGCUCAGUCUUCUUUAGAGGAGGCAUUCCUCUAUUUUCAUGAAAUUGAGAAUACCGGGUUAACACGCCUUAUCAGCUUGCAUGACAACACCAAUCUUCGACGGCUUGGACUGUUUCUAGACAACGCGUUCGAUGAAGAGGUUACCGGGCUCGUGCAACUUCUGUCCACUAUUUCAUCCCCCGUCCUGCAGGAGAUCAUUCUUCUCGGGUGCGACGGAUUCAUAGAAGUCCAGACUUCCACCUGGGCAUUACUGGAUGAGGCACUUUGUGACAGUCGGUUUGAUGCUCUUACUUCUAUCCAGGUGGUAGAUGUGGAAUAUCGAAACCCUGUACCAGCUGCGAAAAGGUUGCCUCGAUGUGCAUCCAGGGGGUUGAUAUCUAGUUCCUACAUACUAAUUGAUGGAAUCGAGAACUCCCAACAUACCUGGAUCAACUGGGCACCGGAAUACAAACGGAUGUUGUUCGAAUAGCGAUGAACAGCUGCAAUUUGAUACACAUCUAGUCAUGAAUCAAUCCGAAGGGAGCAGCAAGAGUUGAACUUAUCAUUUCGAUCGAAAAACAUGCCGGUUACUUCACCUUUUGAUCAAGUAACGCGCGCGAGAACGUGCCUGCCGGUGCACCUGUUCGUAUAAUAAGCACGGAGCGGGAGGAGGGUAGACUGAAUGGUCUCGUCCCUAGGCAACGUAUGAUACGUUGCCGAAAUGACUGCACGGAUGUGGCGAAGACGGCGCUCGGUCUCGUUUAGCGUGCAUUCAUCUACCCCUCUACCAGAGGUGUCGAUAUCUUGUGUAAAUAUUCCUAUUAUCGGACCAUUGUCUUCCACUC